CUGUGAUGGCACUUCAAUAUCACCUUUUCUUAAGAUUUUAUGUGAAAUUUCUUCAGGAUCAUGUUCUUCCGUGGAAGACUUGCAAUGGUCGCCGGUAGAAAAGAGUGUGUUCGCAAGCGCGUCUGCAGACCAAACAAUAUGUAUAUGGGACAUUAGAAGUAAAAAGAAGGCAGCAUUGAGUGUCAAAGCUCACGAAGCGGAUGUGAAUGUGAUUACUUGGAAUAGGAAAGUCGAUUAUUUACUUGCUUCUGGAUCAGAUGAUGGUGUGAUUAGUAUAUGGGACCUACGGACAUUCUCAAACAAAAGUACAAAACCUACACCAGUUGCAACAUUUAAGUGGCACUCAGCGCCGAUCACCUCGAUUGAAUGGAACCCUAUAGAAGAAUCAGUUUUAGCAGCUUCUGGAUCGGACGACCAGAUAUCCAUAUGGGAUCUUUCGGUAGAACAUGAUCCUGAAGAAAUUUCACAUAAAAUCUUAAGAAAAGGUGAUAUUGAA